AUGGACGGAAGCAAGGAAGCCUCUGAGGACGUGGAGUCUGCGGAAGACAGCAGCGCCUCGAAGACUCUGCCUUCGAUUCAUGUCUCUCCUUUGCUAUCUGUUGGCGGCAAUGACAACCUCGGAUUGCCGAAUGAUUCUGAUGAUGAGGAGGCGCCAUGCACGUCGCAAUCGAUUAAUAACAAUGAUCAGAGUUCAUCUUGCAACUCCUCAAGAGAUCCAUCAUCUUGCCUUGACGAGUCGAAUAGAAAUGAAGACCAUUCUCCUCCGGUGUGUAAAAAUGGUGUACUCGAUCUUUCCCGACGAGCAUUGACCAGCAUUGAUAGGAAACACCGGAAAGUGUACGGCAACGUGAGAAAGCUUAUUAUUUCUGCGAACAAAUUUCAUAAUGUAGCAGGGCUAGAUAUGUUCAGAAACUGUGUGUUGGUUGAUGCAACUGAUAACCAGAUCCAGAAGCUCUCAUCGUUUCUUCCACUUGCCGGACAGCUUAGAUCUCUUUUUCUUUCCAAUAAUGGGGUCAAAAAUGUUGAUAACCUUCGGUCUUUUGUGAAUUUAGAGACCUUGGAUCUAUCAUGUAACAGUAUUGAAGAUAUUUCAAAUGCACUUGAUAAUCAUCGCCUCGCAUGGAUCGACUUGAGCUCGAAUGCACUCACUUCUCUGCCUGAUCUCUCGAAGCUAACGUCACUUAAGCAUCUAAAUGUCUCGUCUAAUCGAAUCUCGUCUUUCAAGCAUGCCAAAUUUCCACCUUCUCUCUUAACUCUUGAUGUGUCUUCGAACACCAUUGAUGAUCUCACAGAAUUCAUGCGUCUUUUACCCUUGGAAAAGUUGGAAUCCAUUUCACUAGCGAAUAAUCCUUGCAUAUUUAAUCCUUCUUUCGACUAUCGCAUCUACAUUCUUUCGAUACUCCCUUCGCUUCAGGAUAUUGAUGGUUUUAUUGUUAGCGAAGAAGAACAACUGAAAGGUGAGUGGCUGUACAGCCAAGGGAAAGGAAGGAUGUUCAAGCCGGAUACUGGGUCUCAUCUCUCAUUAGUGAAACAUUUGGAGAGACACUGUCCUUUCGAUGUCGAGGGGAAAUUAGUUUCAGCUCUGGACCAGUCAGUAGUUAAGGCAAUGGAAAAACGACGUGAAAUGCUUAGCAGCAGCACAUGUGGAGAUGACUCUUCACAGUCCCUCAGCCUUCAUUCACCAUACCGAGCAUGGACUUCUCAACUCGAAGGCAAAGAAAAUCGGAUACCGAGUUCUAGUGCUGAUGAAAGUGGAGUUUCUAAUUCGCCUUCUGUGAGAAUACCCCUUUCUUCCACUCCAGCGAGGCAAAAAGCGACUAGAAGAUCAGCUUCUCGAUUUGAACCGCCGUCAAGAAGCUCAACAAUGGAGUCAGUCGAGUCUUCCUCGACUGUGACACUUGUUCCUGCAGCAAAGAAUCAUCGAGAAGAACAGCGAGGUACGUCUUCGACUGCAACGACCGCUAGGGCAGAUAGAAGCGGAUUUGUUUAUUUCAAAGAACGAAUUGUACAAACGGAGCCGGAGUCAGAAACAAGCGAAGCUCAGCAAAACGGAUGGGUAGAAAGUCAACGACGCGCUUUAGAAUGUGUUGAACGUGGUCAUAAUGUCGAGCGACCGAGAGCACCAAGACGACGGUCAAGCGUGCGAGACAGUACUAGGCAGAAACCUGUAAGGCCGAGUCCUGUGCCAGUAGUGACAGACAUAUCUGUUGACAUGGGGUCGAAGUCAAGAGGAGAUCAAAGGUCCCAUCACGAUGAGUGCGAAGUACUUCAUCGAAUCUUAUCCUUAGAAGAGCGAGUUUCAGAACUAAGUGUGGAAAACGAAAAGUUGACACAAAUUAAUGAUGAGCUAAGUGCAGUAUUGGUUGAGAUGACAAGCAAAUUUAAGAGCGACAUUGAUUCACUUAAGUCUCAGUUAGCUUCCUUAGAUACGCCCCAUCACCCUAAUCCUUGCAAUCUUCGGGUUGCUCGAGUAAUAGACGAUGGGUGCUAUGAAGUUGUCUGGGAUUUACCGUUAGUUCAAUGCUAUAAGGUCUUUACGAAUGGUAUUGAGAGUGGAAUUGUACGAGCUCCCAACAACGCAGCCAGAAUAUCAGAUGUAGAACCAGGGACAGAGCUGAAGAUUCAAGUGCAGGCGAUUCAUUUCGAUGGAACGUUGGGAAUACCAUCAAAUACACUGAUUAUAGACAGGGAUGAGCGGAAAUUAUCAUUAUUGUAUAUCAAUAACAACAACAAUGAUAGUGAAUUGGCUCUUGGUAAGUGCCAUUCUUCUUCGUUCCUAUUCGUUGAGCAGUUCUCGUCUAUGUUGGGUAGAAACAUCGGAACUAAAGUAGGUGCGCAAUUCGUAAACACCCAGUAUCAAGCCUAUUUGACGCAAGUGCAAGGAGGUAAAAAGAAUGUGCAACUAGUACCUGCAACGGCACCGACAAAAAAGGUGAAGGGAGCAGCACAGAAACGCGCAGAAAUGAGACGUAAAGGAAUAUACGUGCAGGCUGACAGCUCGGAGUUUGAUUCGACCAUAAUGGAAAAAACAAGUUCAAGAAGUCGACCCUUUGUAAUGAAACCUCGAAACAGGGUUUUGAAAUGGAAAACUCCUCCUAAGAAACCACAAACAGAUAAAAAACCCAAGGUGAUCUCAGAGAGCGCUGAAAACAUGAGUUCUCAGGGAGAGGGAUCAAAUGAAAGUGUCACACUUGAUUCCGCCGAAAGACUUGAAAAAAAGAAGUCCGACAAAAACGAGAGAAAAACGUCUAGUUCACAGGAACAAGUGCCGUCCUCGAGCGAGUGUCCAGAACCUGAAACGAAUUCUUGGAGUAUACGCCUGGCGAUCGGAGAGAGCACCACAAGAAGACGGAUGUCCGGCGUUAACCGUCGUGCGUGUUCCAAUCAUGAAAAUAAAGUCACACCGACGCAUCGGCUAAGGGUGUCGGACCAUGCGGCCAAGUUAUCAAGAACAGAAAAGCCUGCGAAAAUUGGAACCGAUCUACCUGCAAAAGUUUACUUUCGAAGCCCUAAACGUGAUGACAUAUUUGCGCCACUGGAAGAUGAUGUUGAUUUAAUGAAAGUCCUGGUCGACUUCAACGCAGCAAACCUUAUUGGUGUUCGAGCUGAUGAUCGACGUUCACUCGAAACGGCUCAGAAAAUUCUUAAGAUUGCUUCCAGGGAAAAGGCUUUUGAAAAAACACUCACCAAAGAAGAGAAUGAGGUACUAGGAAAGUUCUUCUCAGGAAAAAUACCAUAUGAUGCAAAAGUUCUGCACACUCUGGACAGUGUUCUCGAUAAAAAUAUCGACUAUUUCCGCACCCAUAAGACAAAUCUUGAUCCGGAAGUAAAUCGGCUGAUUGAAAAGCGAGGGAAGCUCAAAGCAGCAAUGCUGACGACGAUGUUAUCGAAACCUAAAUUACUUCCAGCAGAAUGGAUAAAGCAGUACGAGGCAUAUCAAAGAGAAGCGAUGAGGGAAACCAAAGGCAUAAACUGGCCUCGAGUAUGUCUGCUCUACCCAACACAAAGAACCUUCGAUGACGGAGCAGCAGAUGUUUUUGGAAAUUUCACAAGAGCCAGGCGUGGGCAUUGGCUUUGGGGAGUAAUUUUUGGACCAUCAGAUUCCAAAACUUUCGAGGAGGUCGAUAAGGAGAAGAAAUCCGAAGGAUUUUUUCUGGACACUGCUAUCAUUCGAGAUGCUAAAGAAAAUGAUACUACUCCUGCACUGGAAAGCCCUCCAGUUUCGGAACAUUCGAAGACGAUGGCGGUCCAAUGCAAUGUUGAGAACUGCGUAGCUGUGAUUUGCUAUAGGUCAACACCUGAGUCUAGCCAUAAAGAUCACAGAGAAGUGUUCCUUCAAUUAAAGGGCCCGGAUGGAGAACAACUGGCUGAAUUCGUAGUACCCUGGCCGGAAAGCGAACCUGAGCCCUCUAGCAUACGGUAUCUUGAAUCAGAAAAAUGUGUCAAGUUGACGAAUGAAGCUACGUAUGCUACAGUCCCUAUACGAAUUUCGAAGCUGCACGAGGUUUUGCGUAAUUUACGGAUGAGAAAUCUCCCAAAACGAUUUUCCACUUUUUCGGAUCCUCCUCGUGCCCGUGAAAGCUCUAGUCAACAAAAUCUUCAUGAUGCCCUAAAGAGCUUUGUCAAAGACCCUAAGUUGCACAAUCUCCGAAAACUCACUCGUUCUACAUAUACAACGCAGUCAAAAACACCUACGCUAGGAGUUAUUAAUCUUUCCGAAGGAGCUUGGGAUCGGGCUUUCGGCUAUCUAUCGGCAAAGCAUGCAGAUGCUGACGGUUUUCUAACAGCUGAUGAACAAAUGGCGGUGAUAAACUUCCUUCCGACGCAAUCCUUCAGCUCCAAAGAUUUAAAGAGUAUAUGCGAAGUGUUGAAGAAGACUAACGUCUUUGGUCCGAAGUGUUUAUCGUCCUUUUAUGAGCUCUGCUUGAAUAUGGAUCAAGUUUCAUUUGUGCGAUCUGUGAUCAAAUCGAAUGAUGCUUUAUCAGAGCGCACGCUAGCCAUUUUCCUAGACCAUGUAGCGGGAAUCAAAUCCGAAGAGAACUCAAAGGAAGAUGGUGAGCAGCUAUUAGUCAAAUUACUCCACCGACAUUUUGACCCGAGGCGAUUGGCUGAAUGCGCUGCCCAGAAGAUUUCCAUGCAAAGUGUAUCUGUAUUGUUGCAAUGGUGCAUGAAACUGUAUGUCGCGCAGGAUUAUGCUGACGUUGCGGAAGAGGCUUUGUCACUUAUGACGGUGUUGACGGAUACGUUCGGAAAUCGUUUGGUAUGGGAAAAUGGUCUGCACGAUGUAGCAAAAGAAGCUCUAGAAUUUGCAGAAAGAAUGGCAAAAAUUGUUUCUUCCUUCAAACAAAUGGAACUGAAAAGAUCACAAACUGUGCGAGAAGAAGAAGACCCUAAUGCUAUGUAUACAGUCGAAAUUGUACCAUUACAACGACGUCCCCUAAACUGGUGA